GGGUGUGCUAACGUGCACCCACAAAUUGCCGUGCAACGUUUUCACACACGGAAAGAGGAGUUUAUCGAUGCCACACCCUGCUGCUGCACAGGGACAAGAUGCACAUCAACAAGUGAACGAUAACGCAACGAAGGGACGAAAUGUCCCCGAAGACGCAAUAGACGGAUCUAUCCACGAUGCCUUAAAUGAAAUGGAAUAUCAUAGAAAAAGGAUGAACGAAUAUUUAUGUCACGGUUACGUAGCUGAGGAAAUAGUAAAAGUAAUGAAAACACCUAGAGCUAAAAGACGUCUGGAUGUGACAGAAAAAGAUGACGAUUUGUACAGUUUAAUGGAUAGCGACAACGUUACUAUUCACGAUAAAUUACUAGCAGACGAAGGAAGUUCAAAGUACAAAAACUGGUUGCAGCGAAGGACAACUUUGGACGACGUUUAUCGGCAUUAUAUUCCGCAAAGGAAAAUAAAGAAAAAGCACGGAGCUCACGACGAAAAUUUCGAAGAGUUUGAUGGUGAAGUGACGGGUUAUGCGAUGCAAGCUUCUUUGCCUUCUGGUAAAGUUGGUUUCUACGAACCACAGAACGAGGAAAAUGAUCAUAUGCUUUCGUCUUCGUCCGGCCACAAUAUGUAUUAUGGUCCUCCUGUUUACGGUCCCGCUUAUGAUCACGGCGGAGAUCAUUUCUUGCAUCACACUGAAUCAUUUCCCGCUAUACACGAGGAACACUAUUAUUCCGCACCGAUUUAUCACGAUCACGAAGAAGAGUACCACAAGCCUUACUAUUACAAGGGAAAAGGAAGUGAACUUUCGAUAAAGGACUUUUUCGAAAUUGCUCUUACAGCACUAGCGUUUUUAGCAUUCGGAUUGUUCAUUAUACAGUUAUUGAUGAACGCUACGACUAACAUGAACACCACCGUGACUACGAUGAUGACUGCGAAACGUCGUAAAAGAAAUGUCGGCGGAUUACCUUUGUCGUACGACAGCUACGAAGAAUUGAACGAAGUAUCUCACAACGUUUUGAGAAGCAUCGAAGCUGCUCUUGUUGCCGAUAUGGAUUUUGGAAAUUGCAUCCACAGAAUUCUUUGUGAGAAUAAUCGACACUCCACGCAAACGAAAGAUGCGCGUAAAAUUUGGAUACCUGUUUGGAGUUUAGGAAUGAGUUGGGUGACCGGCAGGAUGUUGAAAAGAUCUCCAUGGUCGGCAAUGUUGGAGUCUGUGAAAGCUUCUGUUCUUGGCUUAGGUGGAUUCGACUGUGAGCUCUCGUAUCCUGACUGCGACCUCAAAAAGGAAAGGAUCAAAAGACGCAGAAGACGCAGAAAAUAA